AUGUCUCUGCGGCACUACAACUGCCACACUACAACUGCCACACUACAACUGCCACACUACAACUGCCACACUACAACUGCCACACUACAACUGCCACACUACAGCUGCCACAUUACAACCGCCACACUACAGCUGCCACACUACAACUGCCACACUACAGCUGCCACAUUACAACCGCCACACUACAGCUGCCACAUUACAACUGCCACACUACAGCUGCCACAUUACAACCGCCACACUACAGCUGCCACACUACAGCUGCCACAUUACAACUGCCACACUACAGCUCCCACAUUACAACUGCCACACUACAGCUCCCACAUUACAACCGCCACACUACAGCUGCCACACUACAGCUGCCACACUACAACUGCCACACCACAACUGCCACAUUACAACUGCCAUACUACAACUGCCACAUUACAACUGCCCCCACGGCACGGUGGCUGA